AUGAGUCGCUUUGCUAUCGAUAAGUGGGGUGACGUAGACAAGUACCAUCUUGAUGAAAUCACGGGUCGUAAGAAGAGAACCUCUUACACUGAAGGCAAGUGGUUGAUGGAUGCAAAUGGUAACUGGUAUCAGUCAAAGAAGGAUUUGACCGUUCCUCUUUCUGAAGCACGUGAAAUGAAGAGAGGUUGGAUGAACAACGGUUACCCGAUGUUUGAGGGUGUGGAUAUGCGUGGUAAGAAGGGUGAGUCUAGAUUGGUUCCCCAGGAUGAGCAGUUGAGAAUGAUGCGUGAAGCUCGUCUUGUCGGUAAGAGAGAUUACGAUAGAUUGUCACCUGAUGAAAGAGGUGAAACUUGGGCGUAUCGCGAUGCUCUGGGUAAGGCUGAUGAUUCCAGAACCGCAGCUCUUGAUGACCAGAUUGACUAUACCUACAGGAUGAAUGACGAAAGAGUAGACGCAAUCCGUGAACAGAUUAAGGCUCUCCAGGCACAGCUCAAGGAUAUUUCUGACGAAGAAUAUUCUGUUCGUAGGGGUUACGAGACUAUGCGUAAUAACAUCAGAAAGUAUACUGGUGGAGCACCCUGGCAUAAGACUGCUGAAUAA